GCAGCGGCGCGGAGUCCGAGCGCGCGGCGCGGCAGCGGGGUUCGCGGCCGGGGCGGGGAGCGGGGACGCGGCAUGGCGCUGCGGCGGGGCGGCGGCGGGGCGCCGGGACGGCUGCUGUUGCUGCUGGGAGCCGCGUGCCUGAUCCCGCCGAGCGCGCAGGUGAGGCGGCUGGCGCGCUGCCCCGCCACUUGCAGCUGUACCAAGGAGUCCAUCAUCUGCGUGGGCUCCUCCUGGGUGCCCAGGAUCGUGCCGGGCGACAUCAGCUCCCUGAGCCUGGUAAAUGGAACGUUCUCGGAAAUCAAGGACCGAAUGUUUUCUCAUCUGCCUUCCCUGCAGCUGCUUUUGCUGAAUUCUAACUCAUUCACAGUCAUCCGGGAUGAUGCUUUUGCUGGACUUUUUCAUCUUGAAUACCUGUUCAUCGAAGGGAACAAAAUAGAAACCAUUUCAAGAAACGCCUUCCGUGGCCUUCGUGACCUGACUCACCUUUCUUUGGCCAAUAAUCACAUAAAAGCACUCCCAAGGGAUGUCUUCAGUGAUUUAGACUCUCUGAUUGAACUAGAUUUAAGGGGCAAUAAGUUCGAAUGUGACUGCAAAGCCAAGUGGUUGUAUCUGUGGUUGAAGAUGACAAAUUCCACUGUUUCUGAUGUCCUGUGUAUCGGUCCACCAGAAUAUCAGGAAAAGAAGCUGAAUGACGUGACCAGCUUUGACUACGAAUGCACAACUACAGAUUUUGUUGUUCAUCAGACUCUGCCCUACCAGUCGGUUUCAGUGGAUACGUUCAACUCCAAGAAUGAUGUGUACGUGGCCAUCGCUCAGCCCAGCAUGGAGAACUGCAUGGUGCUGGAGUGGGACCACAUCGAAAUGAAUUUCCGGAGCUAUGACAAUAUUACAGGUCAGUCCAUCGUGGGCUGUAAAGCCAUCCUCAUCGACGACCAGGUCUUUGUGGUGGUGGCCCAGCUCUUUGGCGGCUCUCACAUUUACAGAUACGACGAGAGCUGGACCAAGUUUGUCAAAUUCCAGGACAUAGAAGUCUCUCGCAUUUCCAAGCCCAACGACAUCGAGCUGUUUCAGAUCGAGGACGAGACGUUCUUUGUCAUCGCAGACAGCUCCAAAGCUGGUCUGUCGACCGUGUAUAAAUGGAACAGCAAAGGAUUCUACUCGUACCAGUCUCUGCACGAGUGGUUCAGGGACACGGAUGCCGAGUUUGUUGAAAUAGACGGCAAAUCACACCUGAUCCUAUCCAGCCGCUCCCAGGUCCCCAUCAUCCUCCAGUGGAAUAAAAGCUCUAAGAAGUUUGUCCCCCACAGCGACAUCCCCAACAUGGAGGAUGUGCUGGCUGUGAAGAGCUUCAGGAUGCAGAACGCCCUCUACCUUUCCCUCACCCGCUUCAUCGGGGACUCUAGGGUCAUGAGGUGGAAUAGUAAGCAGUUUGUGGAGAUCCAGGCUCUCCCAUCCCGGGGGGCCAUGACCCUGCAGCCGUUUUCUUUUAAAGAGAAUCACUACCUGGCCCUGGGGAGUGACUAUACGUUCUCCCAGAUAUACCAGUGGGAUAGACAGAAGCAGCUCUUCAAAAAAUUUAAGGAGAUUUAUGUGCAGGCGCCUCGUUCCUUCACAGCCGUCUCCACUGACAGGAGAGAUUUCUUUUUUGCAUCCAGUUUCAAAGGGAAAACAAAGAUUUUUGAACACAUAGUUGUUGACUUAAGUUUGUGAAGGUGUGAUUGGUGAAUUUAAAAGACGCGUAGCUUUAGCUGUCACAAGAGAGGACCAAGGGGGAAAAAAGAAGCCAGGUUCACAGGUCUGAAAUUACAAAUGCACUGGGGAAAUAGAAGUUUUCAAACUUUUAGAACUCAUAUUUUAAUCAGGGAUUGCAUUUAUUGGCUAACUGCAUGACAUGUCCAUUCUCCCACUUAAAAAAACAUCUGAAAGCCUGUAAUUACUGAGAAAAGAGUACAACGUUAAGUCUUACCAUCUAGGGAAAUAAUGCGCCUUUUUGUUCUUUUUAAUGAGGAAGGAGAAAAUCGGAUAAGAUGGGACAGCUCUUAUAAUGAAAUAAAAACAAAAAAAGACCAAACACACUAUGGGCCCUUCUCAUUCCAUUUUAGCAAUCUAGUGGGUAAGAACUCUUAAAGCCAAAGUCAGCUGAAAAGAUUUGCUGAUGAUUAGUUUAAAAAUCUGAUAACACUCAGCAAUGCUAUUUUGAGCCUUCCCUGUUUCCUGAAUCCCCCCCAAUAGCAGAGCCUUGACUGUUUCAUUGGCUCAUAUAGAUGGAUGUUCAUCACGGGUGUGUUAACAAAAUAACGUUUAGCAUUGCUUCCUCUGCUACAGAAAAAAUAUUCUGCUGACACAUGUAUUGGUCCAUCACAGGCUGUGGACCCAGGAAUGAGACAAAGAAGUUUCCCCCUCUUCUUGUGGUUCAGAGAUGACCCCCCAUGGUGGCCAGAGCAGUUGUGCUUGUUUGAUGCUCUCCGUGACUCAUCUGCUUCUCUGGACCCAUCCUUUGAGUUUGUGGGUAACCAGCAGACAGGCCAAAGACUGAAUGGUGCUUUUUAUUCUGUCCUUUAGAGCAAUAGAACAGGUAUUUUCAUCUGUUGAGCAUUUGGUAGAAUUUUUGAAGUAAGGCUUUGCGGAGUCAGAGAGGGCUUUUUUAUACAAGUCUUGAUGUUCUUUGAAACCUAGAGAUG